AUGGGGUACUCCAGAGAUUGGAGUAUGCACAUCAAAACGGGUAUAGCGCUGUUCCUGGAUGCCUUAGGCAUAAUAUUCGCCAAGCCCGACAUCAAAAGUUCGAGCGGAAAGAUAACCCAGGAAGUUAUUGCUGGUGGAAAUCGGCUUCACAACCUAGCACAGCACAAUAUGAUUGCCCGGCAACUGUGUAUGCGGCAGAGCCGCCAGCUUCAUGCCUUCAACCGCCAGGCUCGGACUCUGAACUCGCUCAACCGAUUUUACUCAACUGAACCACCAGUCGACACCACACUUCAGACCCGUAUCCAGGAGCGUUCUGCUGAGAUCGAGUCCCGCUAUCAAAAUGAUGCCGUUCCCGAGAGAAUCUCGAGGAGGCGUGCCGAACAGUUAGCCUGGAAGGCACGAGGCGAACGAAGAUACAAAUUCCAAGACCUUGGCAGCAGCGUGACAGACGCCUACAAACCAGAGGAUAUCCUCCGGAACCCUCCUAAGCCUUCCGACAUUACCCUCGAACUGCUCCUUGCUUCUCAGACACACCUCGGACACUCAACGUCCCGCUGGAACCCCCAGAACUCGCGCUAUAUCUUCGGUAUUCGAGACGGCGUCCAUGUCAUCUCCCUGGACGUGACCGCGGCGUACCUGCGUCGUGCGGCCAAGGUGGUAGAGGAAGUCGCAGCCCGCGGCGGAUUGAUCCUUUUCGUCGGUACACGGAAGGGACAAAAGAGAUACGUGGUCCGCGCCGCAGAGAUGGCCAAGGGUUACCACAUCUUCGAGCGAUGGAUUCCCGGCAGUUUGACCAACGGACAGCAGAUCCUGGGCCACUGCGAGACCAAGGUCGUGAAUGCUAUGGAUGACGAAAUCCCCAAGUACAGGGAAGCUUUGGCCGACCGUUCGGUCCUCAAACCUGACCUGGUGGUCUGCCUGAACCCGCUCGAGAACGUCGUCUUGCUCCACGAGUGUGGCCUCAACAACGUCCCUACCAUCGGUGUCAUUGACACGGAUGCUGAUCCUACCCGCGUCACAUACCCCAUCCCCUCCAACGACGACAGCAUGCGUGCCAUCGGUGUCAUCGCUGGUGUCCUGGGACGGGCAGGAGAAGCUGGUCAACAAAGGAGAUUGGAGAACGCAAAGAACGGAGUCCUAACUUACCCACCCCUGACUCCUGGAGACCUCCUCUCCGAAGAGCGUCUGGCCGAGCUCGCCCAAAUCGAAGCAGGAAAUACUGCUGCCAACGCUGAGGCCGCCGAACUUACCAACAAGCUCGAUGAGGCCGUGCAGUCCAUCGAAACCGAGCAGCCCGCCGAACCCCAACCCGAGCCCCAGGCCAAGGCCCAGGUCCCAGAAACCGAGAAGCCCACCGAACCCCAACCAGAACAGCCUAAGGCCCAGGCCCAGGCCCAGGCCCCGGAAACCCCCGUUAAGGACCAGUAA